ACAUGACGUCACGCGAGCCCCUCUGCCCUCCUUAUGUGAAGUCGCUGGUCGGAAACUCGGCCUCUUUCCGGCGGGUACUGAGACAGACUGGUUGGCGACCAUGAAGCUGAACAUCUCUUUCCCGGCCACUGGCUGCCAGAAGCUCAUUGAGGUGGACGAUGAGCGCAAGCUGCGCACUUUCUACGAAAAGCGUAUGGCCACAGAAGUCGCUGCUGACCCUUUGGGUGAAGAAUGGAAGGGAUAUGUUGUACGCAUCAGCGGUGGAAACGACAAACAAGGGUUCCCCAUGAAACAGGGAGUACUCACGCAUGGACGUGUUCGCCUUCUGCUGAGCAAGGGCCACUCCUGCUACCGCCCCAGGAGGACUGGUGAACGCAAGCGCAAAUCUGUGCGUGGCUGCAUUGUUGAUGCCAAUUUAAGUGUGUUGAACUUGGUUAUUGUCAGGAAAGGUGAGAAGGACAUUCCUGGCCUUACAGACAACACUGUUCCCCGCCGCUUGGGUCCAAAGAGGGCCAGCAGGAUCCGCAAGCUCUUCAAUCUGUCCAAAGAAGAUGAUGUACGCCAGUAUGUGGUUAGGAAGCCUCUCUCUAAGGAAGGGAAGAAGGCUAGGACUAAAGCCCCCAAGAUCCAGCGUCUCGUGACCCCUAGAGUUCUUCAGCACAAGCGCAGACGUAUUGCUCUGAAGAAGCAGCGCACUCAGAAGAACAAGGAGGAAGCAUCAGAGUAUGCCAAGCUCUUGGCUAAGAGAACAAAGGAAGCCAAGGAGAAGCGCCAGGAGCAGAUCGCAAAGAGGCGUAGGCUUUCCUCCCUGAGAGCCUCCACAUCCAAAUCUGAAUCCAGCCAGAAGUAAAGCCUCAGAUUUAAAUAAACACAAUUUCUUGUAAACUAACAA